AUGGAUAAACGCGAUCUUUCCGCCAUUCAGAGUCAGCUGGAGUCCCUGUUCGCCAAGUAUAAUGCUACGAAGGAGAAGCUUGCAGAGACGACGGCUGAACUGGAGGUUAUACGAACCCAGCACGCAAGCAAUGCACGGAAACUGACCAUGUCUCGUCAGCAGAUAGAGCGGCUGUCCACCGAACGAUGCGCCCUGCAGAAGGAAAAUGAUAGGCUAAAGCAGUACACAGGAAAGAUGGAGACUAAAUUGUCUCUCGCAGCUCAGCAAAGCGGGCUAGCAACUGCGAUAGAAAAGCAAUCUUCUCUAGAAAGGCAACUUGCAGCCCGUAAUGCCCGGAUUGAAGAGCUUGAAAGUGUCAUAGAAGGAUUGAAGAAGGAGAUUAGAAUCACAGUCAGUGCCCUUACCAUGAAGGAGGAGGACUGGGGUUUGCGAUCAAAUGGCAGUAGGGUAAGCAAGCAUAGUUGCGCAGAACAGCUUAAGACCAGUUUGCUCAGAACAAUAGCGGCACUGAAACAUGAAACCGACGCGUUCCAACUUCAGCUUGCAGAAGAAGAACGGCGUACUGCGAGUCUCCAAAAGAACCUCUCGGCUGCUCAGGCAGAGGUGGAAUCGCUAACUGCACGAUGCGCUGAUGCCCAGUUGGCUUAUGACCAGCUCUACAUCGAUUAUGAACAGUUGAUGGACAAGCUCGGAGAAGACAACAAAGAAAAGGACAAAGUAAGCGAACUACAGAGGACCAUUAAAACCCAGGGCAGGGAACUUAAGGGGUUUAUGGCCAUGUUCGAUGGUAGAGGAUCCAAGGAUGCAGCAGUGGAGCUAAGUGUGCUCAGAGCUAAACUUGAUGAGGUAGAAAGAAUAGCAAACAGUGCGGAGCUUACCAAGGCAGAGUUUGCAGCCCGGUGUACUAGCCUUCAGUCAAAGGUCACAGAACUAGAGAGCGCCAGAGCAGAGGUCAAGGGAGAGGUGACAGGGCUUCGGGGGAGAGUCGCCCAACUCACUGCUGAGCUCACGACAUACAAGCAGAUUAACAAGGAGCUUCAAGGAAAGCUUGAUCGGUACGUAUCGUAUGCGGAUGCCAACGCAGCGCUCCUCCAAAAACUCCACGAAUACGAAGAGGAAAUUUCGAAGCUCACGAAGCAGAAAGCAGACCUGCAGCGGGCGUUAAUUAAUAACGCUCGAGGGCAGCACACAUAA